AUGAGCAAAUCAUCUGUUAAAUUGGUGAUUCUGUUACUUGUAGCGACAAUAGCUACGGUAGGAGCCGAUCUCCCUCGAAAGGGAUAUAUCGAGUGGCAAGAUUUCGUGGUCACGCCAGCCGACUUAAGAAAGGGCAGAGUCAUCGUGGUUGAUAAGAGUGGCACAGGAGACUCAACUACAAUUCAAGGGGCUCUUAAUCUAAUUCCAGACAGCUACAACGCCAGAAUUAAGAUUGUUAUUAAUCCCGGAAUUUACGAUGAAAUAUUAAGUAUACCACAAAACAAGUCUCAUAUUUCAUUCAUAGGAAGACCAAGUCAACCAGAUGGCUACUACCCUUUGAUCACUGGUUCUCGAAAAGCGUCUGAUAAAGAUGAAAAUGGCCACGAAAUAGGAAGCGUUAAUACUGCGACUCUUGAGGUUCUAUCUGAUUAUUUUGUUGCCACGGCCAUUACUGUUCGGAACAAUGCGGUUGCAACUGGGUAUGGAGAUCAAGCAGCAGCAAUAAGAAUAGAUGGAGACAAAGCAAUGUUCUAUAGAGUGACCUUCUUGGGGAAUCAAGACACUCUUUUAGAUGACUUCGGAACUCACUUCUUUUAUCAUUGUUACAUUGAAGGAUCUGUUGAUUUCAUCUGGGGCACUGCCACGUCAUUGUACGAGGAUUGCACAAUACAUUCAACACGAUCAUCAGGGUCAAUAACGGCACAUGAUAGGCAAGAAGCAGAUGACAAUACAGGCUAUAUUUUUCAAGGUUGCAAAAUCCAAGGGAAUGGACCCACCGUUCUUGGGAGGGCUUGGGGCAGAUAUUCGAGAGUCAUAUAUGCAUUUUGCACUAUGGACGACAUGAUUGACCCUUUGGGCUGGAAUAACAUGGAUGAUCCCUCGAAAGAAAGCACUGUCAUGUUUGGAGAGUACAUGAACGAGGGACCUGGAUCGAAUAGGAAUGGAAGACUUCCAUGGUCACAAGCUCUGUCAGAUGCUCAAGCAUUGAGAUUCGUUGGCAGGACUUUUAUCAAUGGAUCUGAAUGGCUUCGAUUAUGA